AUGCAAAAAACGAAUAAACCAACAGUAUCAGGAAUACAUGGACAAACACUAUUAAAAAGAAUUGAGCAUAUUAAUGAAUUAUUUCCAACCAAUCUACAACAAAACAGUUCAACAAACAAUUCAUCAUCGUCAUCUCUUAGUUCCACUAAACAAUGUCAAAAUGAUAAUUUACUCGUUGAGAUUCGUAGUGGAGUACAAUUGCGCCAUGUAAUACCAAAUGCGCAUAAGCAAUGUAUUAAAAUGCUCUAUGAUAAUACAUGCGAGAAAUUAUUCAUUACGGAAAAUGAAAAUGAAAGGAAAUUAGAAACGGAAAAACAGACUGAUAUCGGAAAUAUUAUACUUAAUGCUAUGCGUAAGCGACGAUUACUAAUGGGAUUUGGUCAGUUAGCUUUCAUUGUUUUUCGCUUCAAUGAUUCAAUGAUUAAAAAUGACCAUUGUCCACUAAAAUCUUCUUCAACCAGUAAUGAAGAUGGAAAUGAGCGAAAAUUGGAACAAUGGAGUGAUACUGAUGAUAAAGGUUAUGGUGAUGAUCAAUAA